UUCCUCGUCAAGGUCUGCCUUGCCGUAGUGCAGUUAAAUGAAUAGUUGUUUUCAUCUCACUCCUCCGGGCGCGCAGUGGUUCUGGAAAGAUUUCCUAGGAAUAUUGCAUUCUAAUGAGGAAUAUGUCGUCGUGUUAACGGGUUAUCUAGAUCUAUAUCCAGAACCAUUUCAAUAUUUAUCAGUUUAUCUGUCAGUUGACUUUUAACAUUGACUUGUUUUAUUAAUGCCGGGAAACUAGGAAAAAGCUAGAGGUACAAUAGCUUACACAGGACAGCGGUCGGCACACGGCUUGUUCUUCUGUUUUCUCCAGAGAAGGAUAGAACCAAACAAAAGGCGAUCCAAGAUAAAAAGAUAACUGUCUCAGAAUGAAUAACAAUACUGAGAAAGAGAACGAUUCGAAUGAAUUCACCAGUCAUGAAGAGGAGGUCCGCACGUUAUUUGUCAGUGGACUACCUCUGGAUAUAAAGCCGCGGGAGCUGUAUCUCCUGUUCAGACCAUUUAAGGGUUAUGAGGGAUCAUUGAUAAAACUCACCUCAAAACAGCCAGUGGGGUUUGUCAGCUUUGACAGCAGAUCAGAGGCAGAAGCUGCCAAGAACGCCUUGAACGGCGUCCGCUUCGACCCGGAGAUCCCCCAGACUCUGCGGCUGGAGUUUGCCAAAGCCAACACCAAGAUGGCCAAGAACAAGCUGGUGGGCACUCCCAACCCUCCUCCCUCCCAGCAGAGCCCUGGCCCACAGUUUAUCAACAGAGACCCAUAUGAGCUCACAGUACCCGCUCUGUACCCUGGCGGCCCAGACAUGUGGGCGUCAUACCCGCUGUACCCGGCGGAGCUUUCGCAAGCCCUCCCUCCUGCUUUCACCUACCCCUCCUCACUUCACACUCAGAUUCGCUGGCUCCCUCCUGCAGAUGGAACUCCCCAGGGAUGGAAGUCCAGGCAGUUCUGUUGAGGUUCAUGAUGUGUGAUGGUGGCCACGGUCGGCCUUGAUGGUGUUGCUGGCGGUUCUCAUGUCCAAACCAGGAGGAUUCCUGACCUUGUUUACCGCACAGUGGACCGUUGGCAACAACAACCUCACGGGCCUCAGGACAUUCCAGACCCAAGCCGCCAUCACACAUCGCACCCCCCCACCCUGCUACAACCCCCCUUUUUAUACUGUUACAUACUCAAGAAUUACUGAUGACACUUUGGUUCCAGUCCAAUACAUAAGACCUUAUGAUGCCUUAUGAGAAUGACAUGGUCUAACAGCCUAGUGGUUAGAGUGUUGGACUAGUAACCAGAAGGUUGCGAGUUCAAACCCCCGAGCUGACAAGGUACAAAUCUGUCGUUCUGCCCCUGAACAGGCAGUUAACCCACUGUUCGCAGGCCGUCAUUGAAAAUAAGAAUAUGUUCUUAACUGACUUGCCUGGUUAAAUAAAGGUAAAAUUAAAAUACAGACUAUGUUCCAAUAUCCCUGCUAGCACAUACACUACGGUUCAAAAGUUUGGGGUCACUUAGAAAUGUUGUUGUUUUUGUGAGAAAAGCACUUUUUUUUCAUUAAAAUAACAUCAAAUUGAUCAGAAAUACAGUGUAGACAUUGUUAAUGUGGUAAAUGACUAUUGCAGCUGGAAACGGCUGAUUCCAGCUAACACAACGUGGAUUAGCUAACACAACGUGGAUUAGCUAACACAACGUGGAUUAGCUAACACAACGUGGAUUAGCUAACACAACGUGGAUUAGCUAACCCAACGUGCCAUUGGAACACAGGAGUGAUGAUUGCUGAUAAUGGGCCUCUGUACGCCUAUAGAUAGAUAUUCCAUUAAAAAUCAGACGUUUCUAAGUGACCCCAAACUUUUCAACUGUAAUAUAUGUAUGCUCGUGUUCUUAUUGGAACAUAACUACCAGAAAAAAACCUUCAUUGACAUUCAUCAAACCUUUUUUUUAAAAUUGAUAUGAGCCCAUACACGUGUGUAUUACUUUAAAAUACAUUCAAGAGUGCAAAAUUUGGCCAUAUCAGUUGGGAUGAAGUGUUUCUGAAUUUAUACCUGUGAGUCUAAGACCUAUGCAGGCAUUUCAAAAGUCUUAUGUUAAAGAGGAUGACCAAAAUGUUACCAGAUUAUAUUAUUAUUGAUUAUUACCUUUCUGUACUACCUUUCCUUAUUAUUAUUAUAUUAAUUAUUAUUGAUUAUUACUACAUGUUGAAGCUUGCCCCCUCACCACCACCCCCGCCCCCCCCCCCCCAAAAAAAAAAAUGGAAAUGCUGUAAAUCUUUAGAUAUUUUAAAGAUAAACCAAAACGUAUUUUUGUAAUCAAUCCAAAUGUUUGAAAAUGUUCUGAUUUGUUUUCUGUGUAAUCAAGUGUGUGAGUAAUAACGUUUGAGAUCCUCGGUCUUUCUUACUCCUCGUGUGAGCGCCAGUCCACCGUGUAAUGGUCGAUUGCUCUGCCACACUAAAAGCAGUCGCAGGCGUACGCUUUUCUUCGUAUAGUAACGAUUCUGAUUGGUUGUGUAGCUUUGUGUUAAUCCUUAAGCUUUUUUAUAAGUGGAGACACUAAUAUAAUGCCAAACUUGUUAGUUCCUACUUGUCAUCAUACGAAAUGUACAUACAUAGUAUUGUACUGCAACAAUUGGCUGCUCAACUCCAACCCUGAGAGAAAUGGGCUAUGGAGUUGAGCACACCUGUUCUACACCAAAUAGCAGCCGAUUGUUCACGGUAAAUCACGGUAAAUUGAUACCAGGCUAUAAUUAAGCAAUAAGACCUGAGGGGGUGUGGUAUAUGGCCAUUAUGCGGAGUGCCUGGAUACAGCCCUUAGCCGUGGUAUAUCUUUGCAAUAUACCACAAACCCCCAAGUUGCUUUAUUGUGAUUAAACUGGCUAGAAACAUGCAAACAUACAUGUUUUUUCAUACCUGUGGUAUACGGUCUGGCUUUCAGCCAGUUAGCUUUCAGCCAGUUAGCUUUCAGCGCUCGAACCACCCAGUUUAUCAUCCAAGAUAAGCAAUUUCGGGAACCAUGCCAACAUUAAAAUCUACAAGAGUACAAUAUCUAGUCACCCUUAAGACAAAAUGUUUGUCUUACGUACGCAAUGCAGGAACGGAAAUUGUCCGUCCUGCGUACUUGCGUUGCGUUUGUAAUUGCGGGACAACACUAGCUACGAUCAACAUUUUAGCAUAGCUAUUUGUAGUUCUUGUAUUGCCUCGGGUAUUGGGCUUUAUGGGAGACUUCCCAGGUCCAGAUUAAACCUACUCCUGGAUUGAAAAUGGGUUUCUAUUGUGACUCUCUAUUGAAAAAAAAAACGUUUUCAUCCUGUAGUAAGAUUGUUCCAGUAGAUUAAACGUAAACCAGGACAAUACAGACAACACUGACCAAAGGCGUGUUUUUUGUAACGUAGAGAACUAGGAUAGUGGAAUUAUUCCAUCUCAACAGCUAUGUGAUGCUCAUAUCCUCUGAUUUAUUUUAAAGAAGUGUGCAAAAAAAAAAAUAAUGUUUUUCCUGCAUGCCUCUCGUUGUCACUCAAAAUAGCAUCCUAGCAUCCUGAAAAGGAAAAGCUUUUCAAAUGUUUCUGUGUCUUAUCUAAUUAAGUGAAGAUUCAACCUCUGGUUUUGUCAAGUUUGAGUAUUUUUUACUUAAAUCAGGGAUGGGCAACUGGCGGCCGGCCCCUCUUUUGAAGGCCCUUGGAUCGUCCCUCCCCCCUCUAGACUUGUCAUCAUGAUCGAAUUACUGCCAGGGGGGGGGGCAUUUCUUUAGUUAGUCAGUCUCACUCAGAUAUCAUGUUAAAAACUGCAAACAUUUCUCUCCACCCUAUUUCAACAUAUGUAGAAUUGCAGGAAGUGAGCUAAUUUUUCUCUCGGGCCCAUGGCAAAAUGAGGGGCAAUUUUUUGUGUGGCCCCCACCCUUAUCAAAGUUGUCCAUCCAUGACCUAGGUGGAUGAUUGGAAUAAAAAAUAAGGUUUCCUGUUUCACCCUUGUUUGCCGAGUUCUUGGUUAAAGACUGCAAUGUAGUUGGCUAUACGAAGCUCUGUUCAUUCUGUGAAGCUUUAGGGGUUAAAUCCUUCGUUCUGGUUGUUCUCGUACUGUAAUCUCAAAACUAAAAAUAUGCAGUCUUGUAUUUUCAUGUUAUGUCCAAUAAAUUAGUCAAGGAUCUCACACUGAACCAAGAGUGUAAUAAUUUUUUAAAAAAUGUGUCUAAUAUGGAAGUUGGCGGGAAAAUCUAUAAGGUAUUUACAUAUGAAACGCCGAUGUGAGCAUCGUAAACGCAUCCCAUUAAGUAAUAUCCCAUUUAACACAGACCCAAUUAGCCUUCCAGUUCAUAAGAGUCACUGUGAGUGCCUAAAAUGGAUUGGCUGAUUGAUUGAACUUUAUUAGUCAUGUUAAAAUCAUGAGUGUGUAAGUGUUUUAGUGGAUGUGAUGUGAUAUAGUCAGUCCCAUGGAAUAUUAAUCUCAAAAUAUUAAAUCCUUUUUGAAAUGAAAUAUUACCCAUCCCGCUCUCACCACUUUAAAUAUUGUUUAAAAAAAAUAAUCCUUCUACCAGUUUACAACGUAAAUUGACGAUAACGCUACUUGGAACCAGUUUGCCAGGAUGUAUCUGGCAAAUGUUUUAGAACCAUAUUUUCUCCUUGAUUUAAUGAUUGUACUACGUUAUCACACAUAUCGUUAUACCCAGAUAGAUCCUGGGAAAUGGCUGUAAUAGCGUUAUUGUGAAGUCAAUUCACAUUGUAAACUGAGUAAAAGGAUAUUUUUUUUUAACCAAUAUUUUGUUAGUGACCUAAAAAAAAAAGACCUAUCUUAAACUGGCUGUUUUCUGGUUAUCUGAGCAGACAACAACAACUAAAAUAUGAUAUCUUGAUGAUAUCGUGUCUCUACUUGGUUGUAAUCUGGUUAUGUGACGUCUUCAACCAGGAAAACAGUUUAAAACCAGAAAAUGUCUUCACUAUAACGUUGCGUGCCACAUUUUACCCAUUGGGAUGAUCAACUGUAAAUCAGAGUGAGAAUAUAUGAAAGGAAAGUACAUAUUUUCACCCAAUGUCACCUUUCAAGACGCAGCUGUUAUGUGAGUUGAAAUAAUCAGUCAGUAGAAUGGAAUUCCUUUGUUUGAUGUCCUAAACCUACUAUAGGACUAAAUGGGUGUUAUGUGCAUGUUUGUGUAUAAUUUUUUUGAGGGGGGUUGUUCAAUGCAUACUGUUGAUAUUCAUGUUUUGCCAAUGUGAGGAGAAUACAUAUUUCAGUGAAUUGCAGGGGGUUGUUUGAAAUUUUUAUUGUUAAAACCAAAAAAAAAAGAUAAGAAAAGUUAUGAAAAUGAAGAUUGUAAAUGAAGAUGUUCGGGGCAUCAGCCAUUAAAGAUUGAUGAUGA